AUGUCAUCACCCCAGCCAAACGGCACCACCGUCACCGUGAAUGGCCACGGUGGCUCCACCUCGCUCGGCGCGAGCACGGAGCGCAUACAGAUUGUUGAUGAGGAGAAGAAGUUCACAUCCAACCUGAAGGAACAAAUAGAGAAAUGGGGGUUGCUAGAUUCUGGGUUCGGAUACAACAUCGUCUCGGUGUUUGGUUCACAAUCUACGGGAAAGAGUACACUGUUGAACAGGCUCUUCGGGACCACAUUCGACGUCAUGGACGAAACGAAGCGGCAACAGACCACCAAAGGUAUCUGGAUGUGUCGCGGGAAGGACAUGAGCGUCAUGGUUAUGGAUGUGGAAGGUACAGACGGACGGGAGCGUGGAGAGGACCAGGACUUCGAACGCAAAUCCGCCCUCUUCUCGCUCGCGUCGUCAGAAAUCCUCAUAGUUAAUCUUUGGGAGCACCAAGUCGGUCUCUACCAAGGUGCCAACAUGGGUCUGCUCAAGACCGUAUUCGAGGUCAACCUGGGCCUCUUCGGCAAGAAGGCCUCUGACGGAACAAGUGGUCGCACUCUCCUCCUCUUCGUCAUCCGGGACCACAUCGGGCAAACCCCGCUCGCCAACCUCCAAGCCACACUCACCGCCGACCUUAGCCGCAUCUGGGAUAGUCUCAGCAAGCCCUCCGAGCUCAAAGACCGCCAGCUCUCCGACUACUUCGACCUCGCAUUCACCGCCCUACCACACAAGAUCCUCUCUGCGGACAAGUUUGAGUCAGAGGUCGCCGAGCUGAGGAAACGCUUCGCGGAUAAGAGCAAUCCAGAUUACCUGUUCAAGCCAGUGUAUCAUAAGCGGAUACCGGCAGAUGGAGUGCCGUUUUAUAUGGAGGGCAUCUGGGAGCAGGUGCAGACGAACAAGGACCUUGAUUUGCCUACACAGCAGGAGCUCCUCGCUCAGUUCCGAUGCGAUGAAAUUUCGGCUGUGGCGUUGUCAGAGUUCAACGAGCAGGCGAAGUCGCAAAAGCGACCUGUCGAGGCUGGAAAGGUUGUGGAGGGACUGGGUGCUAUGAUGAAGGACUGGAAGACGACUGCUCUUACCCGCUACGACCGCGAUGCCUCCCGGUACCACAAGGGCGUCUACACCCGCAAACGCGGUGACCUCAUCUCUGCUCUCGACGCGACCCUCAUACCACUCUUCCUCGGACAGCUCAAGAACCUGCACAAAUCAUGCCUCGUCACGUUCAAGAAGGAGAUGCUCGACGGUCUGCGUGGGGAGGAAUACUCUUUCGCUGACGUCGUGGGCAAGGCACGCAGAAAGUGCGAAGGGACGUUCGCAGAUGGCGCAAAAGAGGCGAUGGUAGAAGAAGAUACGACAAAGUGGGGCUGGGAGGACGAGCUUGCACUGUUGAAGGAAGAGAUUGGGGUCGUGGCGGAUCAGUGCAGGAAGGAUGAGACGAAGAAGAUGUUGAACCAGAUUGAGCGGAAUAUCAAGAAACACCUCUCAGAGCCUGUUGAGUUGCAUUUGAACAAGGCCUCGAAGGAUAUGUGGGACGAGAUUCUGCGUUCAUUCCGAGAGGUGCUUGGGAAGGCUGAGGCAGCGUACUCGACCAAGGCCAAGAGCUUCGACUGCACAGAGGAAGAGAACAUAUCAUCAUUGGCUGCUCUCAGCAAACGCGCCUGGCUUGUGCUUCGAGCGAAGAUUGACGAGCAGACUGCAGAGCCAGUGUUCCUCGGCAAGCUGCGCAACCACUUCGAGGAACGGUUCCGGUAUGACGAGCAAGGCGUUCCGCGGGUGUGGAAACCUGACGAUGAUAUUGAUGGCGCGUUCAAGAAGGCGAAGGAUCAGACUCUCGAACUCGUCCCCUUGUACUCCAAGAUUGCCCCCACCGACCCCUCGCUAGAGUUCGAGCUUCCCUCGGAGUCAUCGGAUGUCCUUGCCGGUACAGACGAGUUCGACUUCGCCUCCACCCUGGUCGUGUUCUCCGAGACGAAGUCGCUAGAACUAACGAAUAAGUUCCGGAAAGACGCUGACGCAUACUAUGUCGAGGCGAAGCGGAGCACCGUCUCCAGCGUGGCGCAGAUUCCGUACUGGAUGUACGGUGUGCUCGUCGUUCUGGGUUGGAACGAGGCGAUGGCGGUGCUCUUCAACCCGAUGUACUUCAUGUUCUUGUUGUUCGCGUUGGCUGCUUCGUACAUUACGAUCCAGCUAGGUCUCGUCGGACCGCUGUUCCAGGUGUUGAGGUCGGUGGGCGCUGAAGUCCAACGACAAGCGACUGCUCGUCUACGAGAAGCAUUUGCGGAGCCUGCGCUGGCACAGCCUGUCCGUGCUAAUACCACCAGUCCUGCUGUUUCGCGCGCGGGGUCGUAUAUGGAGGACACAGACGACGAAGUGAGGCACGAGUUGAGGAGACGGGGGACAAGCCCGCCGUUAUAG